AUGGGCUCGCAGGCCAAGGACCCCAAUGAGCUGACAGUGCUCGUCACUGGCUUCGGUCCCUUCCGGGAGGGCUACCCCAUCAACCCAUCAUGGGAGAUCGCAAAGGGCCUUCCAGAGCACCUCCCCCCUCUGCGCGCCAAGGACCCCAGCUCCCGACAAGCCACUGAUCUCCCGCCCGUCCGCAUCCUUGUCCAUCCCGAGCCGAUUCACGUCGGCUACAAGGCCGUGCGCGGUGUCGUCCCGACCUUCUGGGACGGGUCCCUGGGCCACAAGAUCGACUUCGCGAUACACAUUGGCAUGGCCGGCCCGCAGCCCGUGUACAAGGUAGAACGGCGUGGGCAUCGCACCGGGUACAAGUCACCCGACGUGGAUGGCGAGAAGCUCAUAGACGAGGAGGACGGCAGGCAUGGCGAGGACUGGAUUUGGCACGGCCUGCCGGACGAGAUCGAGACGGACCUAGACCUGGAGAAUGUCCUGGAACGAUGGCAGGGCCACAGCUCUAAAGACAUGGACCUGCGCGUGUCCGAGGACGCGGGCCACUUUCUCUGCGACUUCAUCUACUACUCGAGCCUCGCGACUCUGCUGAAGGAGGACCGGCCACGGAACGUGGCAUUCUUCCACGUCCCGGCCAAUGCGUCCGACAAGUACAUCACUCAGGGCCGGGAUCUUGCCAUCAACCUGAUCCGAGCCAUCGCCGAGAGCCAGACGGCGAGGAAGACCACCUGGUGGGGCUGCGGCAACCACAUCGCGGCUGUCAUGGAUGCCGUCCCGGUCGUGGAUCGCUGCACCUGCGAGCCCAAGGUCGAGCGCGAGGGCAAGCAAUACCCGCCCAUGGCCAAGCAGCCGGCGUGA